AUCAGAUUCAGAGCCGGAGCCGGGAGCAGCCAGCCGGCACACCUCCUCACCGGAGCCGCCACGGGGGAGGAGCCGGAGCCUGCCGGGGCCAAGGGGCAGGACCAGGAGCCCAGAGAGCAGAACCCAGCUCUCCAUCAGCACUACAUCACUGUUCCUCAGAGCUACAGCAGCACUUACACUGACCCAAACUCCUGCAGAACCUCCUGAAAAAACUCCUGCAGAACAUCCUGCUGAAGAACCUCCUGCAGAACAUUAUAAAGAACCUCCUGUAGAACCUCCUGCAGAACAUCCUGCAGAAAAUCCUGCGGAAGGACCUCCUGAAAAAACUCCUGAAAAACCUCCUGCAGAACCUUAUAAAGAACCUCCUGCAUAACAUUCUGCUGUAGAACCUCCUGUAGAACCUCCAGUAGAACUUCCUGCAGAACCUUCUGCAGAACCUCCUGAAGUUGUGGAACGUUCUGAGAUCAGAUCAGAUAAAGUGGAUUAACCUGGAGGAACCUGUCGGAUCAGGACAGAGUAUGGAACCGAUGGAACGUCAGUAACCUGACAUGGACUCGACCUGCAGAACCUCACCGGAACCAGCAGACGGCCCAGCGUUACCAGACGGCGAGUAAUUGAGGGAGGUUUAUAGAUCCUGAGUGUGUUGUAGACUGUAAACCCCGCCCCCUGUCCCCCCGUCUCGCCGGUGUUCCUCACCAUGCAGCUGGUGCUGCAGAUAGCGAUGCGCUGCCUCUGGCUGGGGCUGGUCUGCACCAUGCAGCACUAUCCGGCCUCCUGGGGGCACUACGACGUCUGCAAGUCGCAGGUUUACACCGAGGACGGUCUGGCCUGGCACUACAUGGCCUGCCAGCCCGAGGCCACCGACAUGACCAAGUACCUGAGAGUCAGCCUGGACCCCCCCAACAUCACCUGCGGAGACCCUCCGGAGAUGUACUGCGCUCUGGAAAACCCGUACAUGUGUAAUAACGAAUGCGAUGCGGAGACGGAGGAGCUCGCCCACCCGCCGGAGCUGAUGUUCGACUUCGAGGGUCGAAACCCCACGACCUUCUGGCAGUCGAGCUCGUGGAAGAAGUACCCGAAGCCCCUGCAGGUGAACAUCACGCUGUCCUGGAACAAAACCAUCGAGCUGACGGACGACAUCGUGAUCACGUUCGAGUCCGGCCGGCCGGAGCAGAUGGUCCUGGAGAAGUCUCUGGAUUACGGACGGACGUGGCAACCGUACCAGUUCUACGCCACGGACUGCCUGGACGCCUUCACCAUGGACCCGAAGGCGGUGCACGAACUGACGCAGCGCACCCUGCUGGACAUCAUCUGCACCGAGGACUACUCACGAGGGUACGUGUGGAAAUACGACAAGACGGUUCGCUUCGAGAUCAAAGACCGGUUCGCUCUGUUCGCAGGACCCAGGCUGCACAACCUGGCGUCGCUCUACGGCCAACUGGACACCACCAAGAACCUGAGGGACUUCUUCACCCUGACGGACCUACGGAUCCGACUCCUGCGGCCGGCGACCGGCGCCACCAUGGUGGACGAGAACAACCUGUCCAGAUACUUCUACGCCAUCUCCGACAUCAAAGUGCAGGGCAGGUGUAAGUGUAACCUGCACGCGAACACCUGUGUUGUGGAGAAAGGGAAGCUGAGUUGUGAGUGUGAACACAACACUACAGGACCCGACUGCUCACGCUGCAAAAAACACUACCAGGGCCGAGCCUGGAGCAUCGGAUCCUACCUGCCCAUCCCCAAGGGCACCGCCAACGUCUGUAUUCCGAGCAACCUCGGUACAGCAGUUCGACCCAAUGUUUCAUCUCUUGGAGUUGCAAACCGAAACCAAGCUGGAGUGUGUGAUAACGUUCUCCUGAGGUGUCAGAACGGAGGUGUUUGUCAGCGGCAGCAGCAGAGCUGCCAGUGUCCGGCCGGGUUCUCCGGGGUUCUGUGUGAGCGGGUUCAGUGCCAGGGCGAGACCUGCCAGGACCUGAACUCGGGCUGCCGGCUCCGACCCGGCGCUCCGGUGCUGCUGGUUCUGCUGGCACUGGUCUCCACCGCGUUGGACAGCUGGGGACGGUCGUCUCUCUGAGGAACACAGUGAGGAACCGAGUGGACAUAAUGGACGAGGUGGACGUGGUGGUGGACGGAGACUGUACGAAUGAACCGAGACGUUUGGGUCGGUACGCUGGUCUCUGGACAUUUUUACCAGAACAUUUAGACCUGGAUCUGAAGGUUCUGAAUCAGAAUGAACAGCCAACCAACUGUCCAAUCACAGCCCAUGAAUACGCUCUAGCGUAGCUAACGUUACGAGAUUUUACAGAAUGAUGCAAAACAUCCAAUUCAACCCUAAUGGGAGACUGUAGCUCACCUCAGUGUAUAUCCUCCUGAGACCCAGCUUUAGUUUGCGAUUAGUUACGAGAACUAAGGGUACGGGAACUGAGAGCACUUUAUCUGAGGAGCUCCUGCUGCUGUUCUUUACUGUAUGAGUGUUUUUAUCCAAGUAAAAUAGAAAAACAAAAGCAAACGGGUGGAGUGGGAUGCUUGUGGGCGGGAUUUAAAAGAUAUAGGAAAACAUUGUCCAUUUUUGUAAAGCACUAUAUUGUUACUGAUCUGUUAUCUAUAAAACUUUCAAUAAAAACUUGAUUACAGUAAAAACUAUCAAUCCACAGACAAAAGUUCUGAGUACAGAAUCAUUUCAUUCAUUUAUUUAUAAAAAAUGUAACUUUGUCUUUGUACAAGAAGUAAUAUCUGCAAAAACGUCCUCAGUACGUCCUCAAAUGGGAACAUAUAUUAAAAAAUAUAUAUAUAUUUUAUUUAUUUUUUCGGAAUUGAUUGUAAUGUUGUCGUUUGACCACUAGAUGGUACGAAAGUGUCUUCAUACGAGGCCAUCGUUCAAAGGGUCAAUGUUUUAAAUGAUUAUAAAGAUUAUCAUGAUGCAGAGAAGCAGUAGCGUCCACAUAUGAGGACGCAGGGUCUCAAGAGGAUAUGACCGUACCCAUAUUUAGAGUGUUUUUUUGUAUUUUUCACAUUUUCACAUCUUUCAACUACAAACUUAGCAGCACAUGACUGUGAAGUAAAACGAAAAUGAUACUUUAAAGUCUUUAAAAUGAGUAUUCAGCCCCUGAUAUCGAUACUUAGUGGCUGCAGGUCUUUUGAUGUUUGUUUCUACCAGCUUUGAUCAUCUAGAGACUUUUGAGAUUUUGACCUAAUUCUUCUUUAUAAAACAGCUGAAGUUCAGCCUGAUUGGAUGGAGAGCUGUGGAUCUCCGCAGCUCCUCCAGAGUGAUCAUGGGUCUCUGGGCUCUCCUUGCUGGAUCUGGUUGGUUCAUGUCUUGGUUGGUUUGUAGAAACAGUUUCAUUGAAUGAUCAAAGCUUCACAGUUAUGUGCUACAAUGUAUUAGUUAAUCUCUUAAAAUCUCAAUAAAAUACAUUUUAUUCAUUAGGUUUGUAGUUAUAAGGUGACAAAAUGUAAAAAAGUUCAAGGGAUACGAAUACUUUUGCAAGUAUAUACAUUAUAUAGUAUAUUUAUAUACUGUGAUUUGAUACAAUCUUUUUUUCUCUUCAGCUCUUUUCCUUUGAACAUCUUUUUAAUCUCUUCCUUUUGAUCACUUUAUACAUUAUUUUCCUUUGAUCCCAUUUAAAGCUCUUUUGCUUUGAAUG